CGUCGUCUCACGUAUUUCAGCCUGAAGCGUCGGAUCUUCUGAAAUUCUUAUCGAGUUGUUAUAAAUGGUUUCUGCGCUCUGUGCUAGCCUUUCCGCUUCUGCUUCUCCUUCUCCUUCUCCUUCAGGUGGGCGUUGCAAGUACACUGCACAAUCUGUGAGAGCGGUGCCAAUACGGGUUUUGACUGUGGGGAAGAAGAGGUCUCGUGGCGUGCAACUCGUCGUUGAUGAGUAUAUUGAAAAGCUUAAGCAUUACUGUAACGUGGAAGAUGUUCAACUGCGGUCAAAUCCUAGGAAUGCGCGGGAUCCCAGGGCUCAGGUUGACGAUGAAGAUAUGGCUGUAGUGAAUCUUCUCAAGUCUGACGAUUGGGUCGUUAUGUUGGAUGAGAAUGGGAAAGAGAUGAGCUCUGAGCGGAUGGCUGAGUUGGUGGCAGAUGCAGGCAAUACAGGUGCUUCAAGAUUAUCAUUUUGCAUUGGGGGACCUUAUGGCCAUGGGCAACAACUGCGACAACGAGCUAACUUAACAAUCAAGCUGUCCUCCAUGGUCUUAAAUCAUCAAAUUGCAUUACUUGUACUUAUGGAACAACUUUACAGGUCAUGGACUAUUCUGAAAGGUCAGAAGUACCAUCAUUAGAAGUAGCUCAUAUACCAGCCCAGCGAGAGUGGUAGUUGUACGCCAUUUUUGCUCUUGGAUACACGAUGAAUGGACAUGGAAAUGGAGAGUAACUAUUUCUGCAACACUAUACUUGGUUUCUUCUCUUUUUUUAACAUGUGAGGGUCGAACUCAAACUUACGAUCUUCUGGUCGAAUAUAGGUAUCUUAACUUGUUAAGUUAUACUCAGGUUGGCUUCCCAACCUUUUUCUUCUCGAGGGCGGGAUGUUUAAUAGUAGGUUUAUUAUUCUGCUGUAAUUAAAAUUUUGAGUCUUUAAGGUGUGUACUUUAGGAAAAUUAUUAGAUAUUGGUUUGUUUUGCUUGCGAAUGAUUUGGUUGUUUGAGCUUUUAUGAUAUGUUGUUUACUAUA